AUAAAAACGUUCGUAUAAUCGGAGUAUACUAAGAAAAACAAAAGUCCCGAUUCUUUAAAAAAAAGUCAAAUCAAAAGUGUACAUUUAAAUUUUAAAAUACUAAGAUAACAUGUUCAAUUUUAUUAAAUAUUUAAUUCAUUUAAUUUUAAUUAUAAAAAUAACAUUUGCAAAAUUUCCAUUCGGCACAAAUUACCAUGAUUUAAUUGAAGAGACUGAUUUAUUUUAUUUUAAACCGUCUAGUCGUAUUAGUCGUUCCAAUAAUAUAAUAUUAGAUGAUACUUCUUUAUCAAAAUUAGGAAAUAGAUUUUCACCAAAAAGUAAAGAUAUUAAAAUAAUAAUACAUGGAUGGAGAGCACAUCGUAAUCAUAUCGCAGUUACACCAAUAAGAGAUGCUUAUUUAUUAAAAGGACAUGAUGCUGUAUUUAUGGCAGAUUGGGGUAGUGCAUCAGCUAUUUUAUAUUUUGAUUCAAGAUAUUUUGUAAAACCGGUAGGAUUGAAAAUAGCUAAAAUGAUAGAAAAAUUUGUAAGAAAACAAAAAAUUGAAUUGUCCCAAAUUCACUUGAUUGGGCAUAGUUUAGGUGCACAUAUUGCUGGUAAUAUUGGUCAAUAUUUUAAUGGAACUAUUGGUCGAAUAACGGGCCUUGAUCCAGCAGGACCACUUUUUGAAGAUUUUGUCAAAGAUGGUUUAAUGCCAAAACAUGCAAAAUUUGUUGAUUGCAUUCAUACUGAUGCACCAAUACUUGGACAAUACUUACAACGUGGACACGUAGAUUUUUAUCCAAAUUAUGGAAAAUUUGGUCAACCUGGUUGUGAAUUUUUAGAUUUAAUAACGGGAACUUCUUGUAGUCAUUAUAGAGCUCCAUUAUUUUUUGCUGAAAGCAUUGAAUUACCUCAUAAUUUUCCAGCAUUUUCAUGUUCAUCACAGAAUUUACUGACACAAAGAUGCAACACCGCCAAAUCUAAUAAUAUUGCUGUAAUGGGAGAAUACGUAUUAAAAAGUGAAAAAGAACUGUAUUUUUUGAGAACUAAUGGUGCAAAACCUUUUGGAAAAGGACUAACAGCAUCACUGUAUUCUAGAUUACAAAAUAAUUCGAAUUUGAUGGAGGCAAAAGUUAAACCAAAACCAAAACAAAUUUCAACUACUGCAACAUUAGUUACAACUCCAAAAAUUAUUAUUGAACAAACAACAUCAGUUUCAGUCAAAGCAACACAAACUACAAGAGAAUCGACAACGGAAAACUUCUUAAAAGUGAAUGACACCAUAAAGGAAAAUGAAAAAACUUUAGUUGAUGAUUCCGAUACAGAAGAUUUUAUAAUGGAAACUACUACAACAAUGACUGUAGAAUCAGACAAUGUGAAGCUCUAAAACAUGAUAUAUCUACUUAUCAAGACAAAUGUAUAAAAAAAAUGCAUUUAUUCAAACAUUCCUUCAAAGGAUUAAAUCAAUAUUAAAAUAUUGCUUGAUUGUGUUCUCUUAGCUAUUGCUGUGAUAAAAAUGUAAUUCUGUUCCCCAUUUUCCCAAUUUGAUAAAUAAAAGUUAACGGUAACGUUUAAAAAAA